UUUUGAACACUGUCAACUGUUAGCUUAACUCUCCGUAACACAUUGAACGCGGCACGGUCGGAACAAUACCGGUGAUGAAAAUGAGCCACAUUGUUUUUACUGAAACCACAACCAGGCGUCCAGCACUGGGGCAGCUCAUCGUAUGUGUCACUGACAGUGAGGCUUUCCCCAGCGGAGCAUCUCUGUUUCAGUGUCUCAGCAUUGUGGAGCAAAAGCUUGAUCAUAUGCAACAAGAACCCUCUAGGAACCCUCUAAAUGGAGAUGCCAUAUUUCAAGAAUAAUUUUUGGGGAGAGAAGAAUGCAGGUUUCGACAUUCUCUACCACAACAUGAAGCAUGGACAGAUCGCCACCAAAGAGUUGGCUGAGUUUGUGCGUGAGAGGGUGGCCAUCGAGGAGACUUACUCGAAAUCCAUGAGCAAACUGGCCAAGAUUGCUAGCAAUGGAAGCCCUCUCGGCACGUUCGCCCCUAUGUGGGACGUGUUUCGCGUGUCCUCGGACAAACUGGCCCUCUGCCACCUGGAGCUCAUGAGGAAGAUGAAUGACCUUAUCCGUGACAUCAACAAGUACAGCGAGGAGCAGGUCAAAAUUCACCGCAAGACGAAAGAGGAAGUGAUCGGGACUUUGGAGUCAGUGCAGUCUCUUCAGGUGCAGAACACCCACCUGCAGAAGGCCAGAGAACGCUAUCACAGCAAGUGUGUAGAGCUGGAGAGACUGCACAAAGAAGGAAUGCCUCAGAAAGAGCUGGAAAAGGCUGAGCUGAAAUCUAAGAAGGCAGCUGGGUCUUUUGCAGGGUCUAUUGAGAAGUUUAACCGUACUGGAAGAGACUUUGAACAGAAAAUGAGUGAAUCAGCACAGAAAUUUCAGGACAUUGAGGAGGCUCAUUUACGUCAGAUGAAACUACUGAUCAAAGCGUAUUCACACUCCAUUGAAGACACACACGUACAGGUUGGGCAGGUCCAUGAGGAAUUUAAGCAGAACGUGGAGAACAUUGGCAUUGAGAACCUCAUUCAGAAGUUUACAGACCAGAAGGGAACAGGGAAGGAGAGACCGGGUCCAGUAGGGUUCGAGGAAUAUCUGUCCCCACUAGUGUCUGAGAACAGUAAAAAGAGUCGUGCUAAAGCCUUCAGGAUCCCUGGACUGGGAAAGAAAGACAAGGAACCGGAUUCAACAGAUUCAGCUGUGGCAGAUGCGCUUAACUCACCCCUCAAAGUGGACAACGAGGGCUUUGUGAUACGUGCAGAUGUCAACCAGAAUGGUUGUGCUGCUGAGGAGAAGGAGGGAAAUUUUUACUCCAGCGACUCGGAUUUCGAUGAUGAUGAACCCAAGAAGUUUCACAUCCAGAUCCGACCGGUUGCCAGCAGUAACCGUAGCAACUCAGCAGCCAAUGAACUGGAGUUGAAGGCCACAGUGGGGGCGUUGACCCUGCCUCCUAACAGAGCGGUGUCAGUAAAGAAGCAGCUCUCACGAAACUCCAGUUCAGCAGGUCGAUCUGAAGGAGAAGGGGAAAGUGUUCCCCAGAAAGAUGGAGAACAGGAGGGUCUGCGCAGAUCCACAUCCAGCCCAGAUCACAGCAGGCUGAGUUCCACAGCAUCCGGUUCGGACGCUCUGUUUGGACCUCCUCUGGAGUCGGCCUUUAAAUCCCACAGCUUUGCUGGCAGAGAACAGCUCCAGAAGGCCUUUGCUGCAUCUGAAUAUGCAGCCUUCUCUUCUGAUUCAUCCUCUCCUGAGAAUGUGGAGGAUUCCGGACUGGAUUCGCCAUCCCAUCAGCCCCUUGGGGCUUCCCCAGAGCCCACCGGUUGGGCAGCCUGGCCAUCCACUCAGUCUCAAUCUAAAGACUCUGUAAACUUGAACCGAUCCUGUGACCCCUUCCUCACAGCGUUCAGUGAUCCCUCACUUGGUCGAUCUCCUCUUCCACAGGAUGACCCCACAAAAGCCUGGCCUUCCAAUCUACGUUCUCCACGGGCCCCACCCGACGUCGAGCCCACCACCUUCAGCUUCCCGGCCUUCUCCCACAGCCUGCCGUCUUCAGAACUGGAGCCCUCUGUGUGGAGCUGUAAACACAUUCCUCCAGAAGACCCCUUCUUGGAUGCUUUUGAACGCUCUGCCCUCAAAGACAACCUGCCUCCACCUGAUGCCUGGGCCCCGCCUCCCCCUCGGCCCACCAGGGACGGCAGGGGCAUGGAAGGCCGCACUGAUCCCUUUUCUAUCUCUCUGAAUGACACUAAAACCCUCCCUCCCCCAUCCUCCUCCCGCAAAGACCGAGACAGAAAAAGAGAACGUAGCAUCCCACCUCCAGAGUCCCCAGAUGAUCCUUUCGCUAUUACUAUGAUCGGUAGUCCAACGCACCAAUCGUCGCUGGCGGCGCAGACGGCUGCACAAGGCAGAGCCAGUAGUAAUAGACCGACGCCCAGUCCUAACCCCGCCCCCAGUUCUCAGCCGAAGAAAGAGCUGAUGCACUGGAACUCAGUGCAUAACCCUUUUAGUGAAGGCACUACAAAUAACAUUGUCACACAAGAGUCCACCAGAAAACAGAGAUCUUUUCACGACGAGCCUCGCAGGAAUGGACCACCGCUCACACGGCAUUCUGGGCCACAGGAGGACCUCUGCUUCUCUACAGACAAGGACCAGAAUUUCCUGGAUAUUAACACACAUCCAGUUUCCCAGCAUGGUUUCAGGCAGGACAGCACUGAGCGUAUGGCAUUGGCUCCCCCUCGGUCAGUUCGGCCGAAGCGCUCCGCAGGCAGGCUCAGUGGCUGUGAGCGGUCUAGGUCCCUGUGCUCGUCUCCGUUGCCUAAGCCCAGUCCUCCCCUCACCUCUUCAUCCUCCUCCAGCCCCAGCGAAUGGGGGGUGCAGAACCGUGUUCCCAGCCCAGCCCGAGGUUUGUCCCGAGGGCCCAGUCCCAUUUCUCUGAGUACUCAGGAGUCUUGGCCUGUAGCUGCAGCCAUCACGGAGUACAUCAAUGCCUACUUCAAAGGAGGAGAACACAACUGCUGUCUGGUUAAGAUCACCGGUGACCUCACUAUGUCCUUUCCUGCUGGCAUCAUCCGCAUUUUCACCGCCAACCCCAACGCACCAGUAUUAAGCUUCAGAUUGGUGAACAUCUGUCGAGUGGACCACUUCUUACCCAACCAGAAGUUACUCUACAGCGACCCGUCACAGAGUGACCCGGACACCAAGGAUUUCUGGUUCAACAUGCCGGCCUUGACGCUCCACCUGCAGAGAGAGGCAGAGCUGAACCCACAGGCCUCCUAUUACAAUGUGGCUCUGCUAAAAUACCAGGCGUCCUCUCAGGAUCCGGGUCGUGCGCCCCUCCUGUUGUCCGCCGAGUGUCAGCGCAGUGGAACAGUGACCCGUGUGUCUCUUGAUUACCACUGCUGUCCCGCAACCGGCCCCGCCAGCCAGCUGACCUCUGUACAAGUGCUGCUGCCCCUCGAUCACACGGCCACCGACCUGCAGUGCCAGCCGCCCGCAUCCUGGAACGCAGAGGAAAGACGACUCCUAUGGAAAUUGUCGAACCUCUCUCCGACAAAUCACAGUAAAGGGUCUGGCACGUUGUGCGCCAGUUGGCAGUGCCUGGAGGUGCCCCGCGGUCCUCCCCCGAGCCUGGCUGUGCAAUUUGUGGGAUCGGGAGCUUCUCUUGCAGGCCUGGACGUGAAGCUGGUGGGCAGCUGCUACCGCAUGUCCCUGGUGAAGAAGAGGUUUGCCACAGGUGGGAGCCAGACCUACUAUUUGUCUCUCAUAAGCAGCUCUUUUCAGUUCAGAAUUGUUUAUUCUGUUGGAUAUCUUGUUACCAGGUGGUUGCUAGGAAGUCCUCUAGAUGGUUGCUUUCUGGUCUAA